AUGAAUUCAGCACCAUCAUCAGACCUAAUGUCUCUCCUCCGUCCGCCAAUUAUUCGUUCAGCGACUGCGACACUGGAUCGCGCACUCUGGUCGAAAUCGAUACCCAUUUCAGCUGCUAGAGUUAGGAAUGUGAAGAAUAUAUCGAAGAUUCGGACUGGGUUGGAGAAGAGUAAAGAGAUGCUCAAAUUAGAGAGACUCGUAAAUGUUCGACCUGAUCCUGAUCAAACUCUUGCUGCCAAAGGGGGGAAAUGCUUGUUGCUGAAGCCGGAAGUCAAGCCUGAUGAUUCAAGUACAUGGAGUGCCUUUUUACAAGAAGCUGUCAAGAGUGAAGAUGUUGGCGUUAUUCCGUACGCAUUACACCUAGAUUAUGAUUAUUGGACAUAUCAUGAUGUUAUGACCGGUCUCCUCCCCGAAGACGCACUCGGUGAAGUCCCCGUCGGCUUCGCAAUCGUCGGCCACGUCGCUCAUCUAAACCUGCGCAAUGAAUACCUCCCCUACAAACACGUAAUCGCCGAAGUCCUUGUCGAUAAAAACCCUACCAUCCGUACAGUAAUCAACAAAAUCGACGACGUAGGCGCGGCGUCAGAAUUCCGUACUUUCUCCUACGAAGUCCUUGCCGGGCCCGACGAUAUGAACGUCGAGCUUAGCGAAGGGAAUUGUAUUUUCAAAUUCGAUUAUUCAAAGGUUUAUUGGAAUAGUAGACUACAAACGGAGCAUAAGCGGUUGGUGGAUUCGUUUAAAGAGGGAGAAGUGGUAUGUGAUGUUAUGGCAGGCAUAGGACCUUUUGCUGUACCAGCUGGGAAGAAGGGUGUUUUUGUCUGGGCGAAUGAUCUUAAUCCUGAUAGUUAUGAGGCGUUGAAAGAUGCGAUUGCGCGGAACAAAGUCUCAACCCACAUCCGCCCCUUCUGUCAAGACGGCCACACCUUCAUUCCCCAUGCCGCCGACUCCCUUCUAGCCCUCACCCAGACAAACAGCAACAUAAUCACCCUCCCCGCCAAACGCCCCCGCAACCCUUCCUCCUCCGCUCCUCUCCCCGCGCCAAAAACACUAACCCUCCCCCCCACAAUCUCCCACUUCAUCCUCAACCUCCCCGCCAUAGCAAUCUCCUUCCUUCCCUCCCUCAUCGGUCUCUACGCCUCCUCCUCUUCCCUCUUCGCGCCCCACACAACCACAAAACUGCCACUCGUCCACGUCCACUGUUUCAGCACAAAAUCCGAGGACAAUAUUCGCGAAGGACGCGAGAUCGCGGAGCGGAUUAGUAAGGAGAUAGGGUAUGAGAUGAGGGCGAUAGAAGGAGAGGGCGACGUGGAUGAGGAGGGCAUGGUGAGGAUUACGGAGGUGAGGGAUGUGGCGCCGAAGAAGAGGAUGUUUUGUGCGAGUUUUAGGGUGCCGAGAGAUGUGGCUUUUAGGGAGAGGGUGGUCAAGGUCUAG